GCAAUGCAUUUCGUCCAAGCUAUGCCAUGCACCCCUUUAAUUUGUUCUUGCAGACAACUCACAUAUGCAGGUUCCUUUGUGUCCAAACCAAGGAAAGGCAGGCCCCUCUCCUCUCUCCUGCCAUAUCUGCUGUUGCUGCUUCUUCUCCAUCUUCCCUAGCUUUUCUCUAUCCCCUCUCUAGUCUUCAAGCUGAGGAAAGGCAGAGUGGGUGGCUAGGUGUAUGCUCCUCCUGCAUGCGCCAUGGAGCUGAAGAAGCGCAACUAUCUCUUCGCCGUUGUCUUCGCCUCGCUCCUGCUGUCCUCCAUGGCAGGAGGCCGUAAGAAGCUGUUGAAUGAAGAUGAGGCAGAAUCAUUGGGGACGUCGGGAUCCAUGCAGCAGCCGGAGGAAGACGACGAAGUGGCGGUGGUGGUCCACGAGAGGAUUUUGAGGCAGUUGAAGAUGAAUGACUACGGGACCUACGACCCGUCUCCGACCAUGGCUAAGCCUCACUUCAAGGAUAUACCUAACUAAAAAUAAGUCAAUUAAGAUCCUUGAAAUAUAUUGCUUGCUAGUUUUUUAUACGUACUCCAUAUAUAUGUGUGCCACAAUGUAUUAUUUGUCGAAUAAAUUUCAUGUACCAUCACCAUGGCCAGCUGGAUUAUAUGUGUACACCACCUGUGGAUAUAUGUGCAUGUUUUGAUACAGCUCAUUACUUAUGGGAGUAGUAUGUUGUUAACAGUUCAAAAUAAUAGAGUAUGAAUUCGUUGUUUUGACUAA